GCUUACAUCAUGGGUCGCUGUUGCGUUCCCACACAUUUUGCUCCUAAUUACUGUCCUGCUGGACAGCUGAGCUGUUUCAAACAGGAAGCUGUUUAUAGAUAACGCUGGAAACUGUUGGGUCUGAUUUGCUGAACAUCGCAGAGCAGGAGACAAGAGCGCUUCAAAUUAAAAACGAUUGGGCUUUUGUAAAUAGUAGCAAUGAAGUUCCUCUGUGCAGUGUCCUUCCAAGAAGAGGCUGGCUUACGGAGUCUGUUUUCUCAGCAGUCAUAAGGAGUAAGGGACAAGCUCAUUAUGAAGAGUGAUCUGGUUUUCUUUGUCUCUGUAAUUAGCCUGGCCUUCCUGUCUCUUCCAAGAUCUGGAUAUGCUCAGCAUAUUGCAGAAGAAUCCUGCUCUGUUCAGAUUCUCGUUCCAGGCCUCAAAGGGGAAGCUGGUGAAAAGGGGGAGAAAGGUGUCCCAGGCCGCCCAGGGCGAGUUGGACCUCCAGGAGAAAAAGGAGAAAUGGGGGACAAAGGACAGAAAGGUAGCAUGGGGCGCCAUGGAAAAAUUGGACCCAUUGGUUCAAAAGGAGUAAAAGGAGAUAAUGGUGAUGUAGGCCUACCUGGCCCUAAUGGAGAUCCAGGCGUUCCUUGUGAAUGUGUCCCACUACGGACUGCCAUUGGUAAAAUGGAUAACCAAGUGACGCUGCUGACAACUGAAUUGAAGUUCAUUAAAAAAGCACUGCCCUCCCCCGCAGCUGUUGCUGGUGUGCGAGAGACGGAUAACAAGACAUACCUGCUGGUGAAAGAAGAGAAGAGGUACAUGGACGCCCAGCUCUACUGCCAAGGAAGAGGAGGAACCCUGAGUAUGCCCAAGGACGAAAGUACCAAUAGCCUAAUUGCUUCUUACAUCAAUCAAGCUGGCGUCAGCCGAGUUUUCAUCGGCAUUAACGAUCUAGAAAAGGAAGGCAAUUUUAUGUACUCCGACCAAUCUCCUAUGCAGACCUUCAACAAAUGGAGUACCGGCGAACCGAAUAAUGCUUAUGAGGAGGAGGACUGUGUAGAAAUGAUAACCUCAGGCGGGUGGAAUGAUGUUGCCUGUCAUAUUACAAUGAAUUUUGUUUGUGAAUUUGACAAAGAAAAUGUGUAGAAAUAUUCAUAUUUUCCCAUCCCCGUCUAUACCUGAACUUGCCAUGAAUUACUGGUGAAAUCCAAAUAUCAUGAUCACUGCUCCGUUUCUGGAUUUCUGUACGUACGUAGCCCUAUUCCAGCAUUCCAAUUCUGUAUUCUGUUUGUGUGAUUUUAUCUGUGCGCUGCCCUGAGAUCCCAGUGAUAUAGGGCGGGAUACAAAUGUUUGAAUAAUAAAUCAAUAUCUAGUAAAUAAUAAUAAUAAAUUUAUUUCUUACCCGCAUCUCCAUUUUGAUCUAGGCGGGGAACAACAGUAAGUAUAAAAUAAUAAAAUGCUGAUUAAAAACAUAGUAUAUGAUUUUAGUGUGCUUUUACGAUGUUUUUUAGAAUGUUUUAACAAUAUCCUAAAAGCAUAUUAAAAGGAUCCUAAAAUUCCACUGGAUAGGUCUGCCAGAAAAGCAUGGAGGGAGAGCAUGCUACCUUUACCCCCUCCAUCAUGGUUUCUGUCAACUUCUGCAUGUGGAGGGCAACUUUCUGAAGGGGAGAGGGUCUCCAUGGAUAGAGUAGGCUCCCAACCCCCUUCAGAAAGUUUCCGUCUACAUGUAGAGGGUGACAGAGGAGGGCAGGACUAGUGCACUUCCCAUUCUCGCACAUUUGCCAUCCAUAGAAUUAGAACACCUGAAUAGGGCAUACAGGAGUGUGUGAGUGAAACGUGGACACACCUUACAAAAUCCAACACAGCAUGUCUCAAACUCUUUUGUCCACCCAUAACGUGGACUUCCUUUGCUCAUAUUCAGCACUACUGUUGUUGGUUUUAAAUUAGAGCACCAUUUCUUUUUGUUACCAUGGCGAUGCUCUUCUUUGCAUGGUGGAGUAGGAGCACACACACCCCUCCCUUGUGUCAUGCCCACUCCACCACCAGGCAAAGAGGAGUGUCUCCAAGAACCACCCAUAAUUUGCAGCUAAGUGAAUUGGCACAAUCCAUUGUUCUCUUUUGCAAGCCCCAUUAAAAUUAAGACUCAGACAGGGCUUGCACAGGAGAGCUUCCCAAUGGAUUAUGCCUCCCCCCA